GCUUUGUUCUGUUUCGUCUUUAUGGCUGUAUGCACUGAAACAAAAUGGCAUAUAGGGCAAUAUAACCAAAGUAUGGAACCUGUUUUAUUAAUAUUCUUUUUGCGGCGAUUGAUGGAGUUUACAAAAUAGAUGCGUAAUGGCUCGGAAAAUUCUUCUUGGCGGGACCGUUGUGUGUCUGGUUGUGCUGCGCUUGCUGUCUAUAGCUUCAGCCCAGAUCGCAUAUUCCAUUUCAGAAGAGGUGAACACGGGGACGUUUGUUGGAAAUAUCGCAAAGGAUCUUAAUUUGAAUGUUCAAGAACUGGAAUCACGCGGAUUUCAUAUCCCCGCAGUUUUAGGAAGAAAAUAUUUUGAGGUUAAUUUGAAAACUGGUGUUCUGUUCGUUAGCGAAAGGAUCGACAGGGAGAACUUUUGUCCUGCCGCACCGCAAUGUUCAGUGAAUUUAGAAGCCAUUGUUAAUAAUCCGUUAAACCUGUUUCGCAUUGAGAUAAAUGUUUUAGAUAUUAAUGACAAUGCUCCAUCGUUUCGUGUUAGGUCUAACCAAUUUAACAUAUCAGAGAAUGCCUUUGUUGGAGACCGAUUUCAGUUGCCGAGAGCAUCGGAUCCUGAUGUUGGAGCGAACUCGAUAAAGAGCUAUAAACUGAGUCCGAACGCGCACUUCUCCCUGGAUGUACAAAGCGGAGGAGAGCAGAGUGUGUCGGCUGAGUUAGUGCUGCAUAAAGCUUUAGAUCGAGAAAAACAGCCUGUGAUCCAGCUCACAUUGACUGCUGUAGAUGGAGGAAGACCUCCCAAAUCAGGUACAAUUCAGAUAGUCAUAAAUGUGCAAGAUGUGAAUGACAACGCACCCGUGUUUGGCAAAGCUCUUUACAAAGUGCGUCUUGUUGAAAACGCAUCAGUGGGAACAUUAGUCAUAAAUCUGAGUGCCCAUGAUUUAGAUGAGGGUGUAAAUAGUGAAAUUAUGUAUUCUUUAGUUCACCAAGACAGCGAUGACAAAACAAACGGCGUUUUUAAAAUUGAUUCUUCUACCGGCGUGAUUUCAGUGCAGGGCAGUGUGGAUUUUGAGCAACACAAUGCUUACGAGAUUCAUGCUCAGGCUAAAGACAAAGGGUCCAGUCCGCGAUCCGCUCACUGUAAAAUAUUAGUAGAGGUGUUAGAUAUAAACGACAACGAGCCAGAAAUAUCAUUAACGUCACAAGUGAACACAGUAAGGGAGGAUGCUAAAAAAGAAACAACGGUUGCUUUGAUAACCAUAUCGGACAAAGACUCGGGAAAGAAUGGGAAUACGCAUGGGAAAGUGGUAGGUGAUGUUCCUUUUAAAUUGCAGUCGUCAUAUAAGAAUUAUUAUUCUCUUGUAGUGGAUGGGCCAUUGGAUAGAGAGCGUGUUGAUCGAUAUAAUGUCACAAUCAUGGCGUCAGAUGAAGGGACUCCACCUCUUUCUGCCGCUCGUGUUUUUACAGUGUAUGUAUCUGAUGUUAAUGACAAUCCGCCACGUUUCCCAAAUCCUGUCAUAAAUAUAUCUGUAAAAGAAAAUGGCCCUAAAGGCCAAAUCAUUUACACUAUUUCAGCUGUUGAUCCAGAUUUAGAUGAAAAUUCCAAAAUUACUUAUGGAUUAUUACCACUUCAUAAAUCUGGAAAUGCAUAUUCUGUUGUAAGUAUAAACCCCGAUAGUGGGGAUAUACACAGUUUACAAUCAUUUAACUAUGAGGAGACAAAAACGUUUGAGUAUAAAGUUCAGGCCACAGACGCUGGUGUUCCUCCGCUCAGCAGUAACGUGACUGUAAAUGUUUUUAUCCUGGAUGAGAAUGACAACAGUCCCGGGAUUCUCGCGCCCUAUUCCGAGCUCGGUUCCGUUAACACAGAGAACAUGCCCUAUUCUGCUGAUGCGGGCUACUUUGUGGCCAAGAUCAGGGCUGUAGAUGCAGAUUCUGGUUACAAUGCGCUGCUGUCUUACCACAUCUCUGAACCCAAAGGAAACAAUCUGUUCCGAAUCGGAACCAGCAGCGGGGAGAUCAGGACUAAGAGGAGAAUGAGUGACAAUGACCUGAAAACUCACCCGCUGGUCAUUUUGGUUUGUGAUAACGGAGAGCCCUCACUGUCAGCGACUGUGUCUAUUGAUGUUGUGGUUGUUGAAAGCGCAGGUGACGUCAAGACUCCAUUCAGACACGCGCCGAUAAAGGAGGAGAGUUUCUCGGAUUUAAAUCUGUAUUUGCUGAUCGCCAUUGUGUGCGUGUCCGUCAUCUUUUUACUGAGUCUCAUCAGUUUGAUGGCUGUAAAAUGCCACAGGACAGACAGGAGUUUGGGCAGGUACAGCGCCCCGAUGAUCACCACACACCCUGACGGGAGCUGGUCUUACUCCAAAUCUGCUCAGCAGUAUGACGUGUGUUUUAGCUCGGACACACUGAAGAGUGACGUAGUGGUUUUCCCUGCGCCAUUUCCGCCUGCAGAUGCAGAACUGAUCAGUAUUAAUGGAGGAGACACUUUUACCAGAACACAAACACUUCCUAAAAAAGAAAAGCCUAAAGCUCCCGGUGCAGACUGGAGAUAUUCAGCGUCCCUUAGAGCAGGAAUGCAGAGUUCAGUCCAUAUGGAGGAGUCAUCUGUGAUGCAGGGUGCUCAAGGAUUUCUGGUUCAGGACUGGCCCACCGUCUCUAGCGCUCCUGAUAAUGAGGGUGGAGAGGUCUCUCCCCCCUUAGGUGCUGGAGUGGACAGCAACAGUUGGCAUUUUCGAUACGGGCCGGGUCCGGGAGGCCCUCCACAUCUGAAACCCGGUGAGGUUCCUCCUGAAGCCUUCAUCAUCCCUGGUUCUCCGGCCAUUAUUUCCAUCAGACAAGGACAAGACGGCGAUGACAAGGGCGACUUUAUUACCUUUGGAAAAAAGGAGGAGGCCAAGAAGAAGAAGAAAAAGAAGAAGGAGAAGAAGGAUAAGCGGGAGAAAGGAAAAGAUGAUGAUGAUUAGAGCGACAGAGGAAAGAGUUAAAGAAAGAGCUGAUUUUUUUCUAAGACAGAAGUCUCAACGAAAGUCUGUAGAAC